GUUUGACCCUGGGAGCAGGAUCACUGCCAGCACUCACUGGAGCUUGGGACUGGGGACAAAGGGGGUGGAGCCUUUAGACAGCAGGUCCAUAAAGGUGGUAACUAGUGGGUUGUGUGAGCACUGGGGGUCUGAAGAGGUGAUAUAGAGGGAAGCAGCAGCUUUGGGCCCUCAAUUCUAGAAGCUGUUCCAAGGGCCACCAUGGCCAAACUGUGUCUGCUUAUAGUGUCUACCAGAGACUAUGGUAGUUGAGGACCAUCCUUACUCAGCAUCCCUCAACCCUGCUUGCUAAAGCCUGUGGCUGAACCAGAAGGCAUUGUUGACCUUCAUGAGAUCACAGAGGCCAGUGUGAAGGCCCCGCCCACUUCCUAGACCCUGGUGCUCUGUGCCUCCAUGCCAAGUCCUAAGUAUCCUGGGCCAUGGAGCUGUGGGAGCUUAGGGCUAGCACCUCCCAUCCCCCACAGGAACUAGCAGGACAUGAAGAUCAUAGGCCUCCUCUUUGCUCCUCUUCCUGCUUGCCCUGAAUGCCCCCACUGCAGCUGUGGUGGCUCUCAGACUCUGACCACCUCAGGAAUCCAAUCUGGAAAGAUGCAGGCUGGUGGUACUUGCCACCCAAGAUGGAGGCUGGGGUAUGGGGUGCUUGCCUGCCUCCUACGAGACACCCUAGAGCGGCUGGAGCUACCAGUGGCCCGUGAACACAUUGAGAUAGUGAGGCGGCCAAAAAACACUUAUGCACUGGUUCGGGUGGCUGCCCCCAAAGAUGUCCUGGCCUCACUCCCCUGGCGCCUGCAAAUGGCCUUGGAGGAGCAGCUAAUUCUCAAAGAGCUCACAGCCCGUGGCAAGGAGCUGGUGUUGAGUGAGGGCUUGGAGUCCCUAAGCCGCAGGGAGCAGGAUGACAGUGGCCCAAGUCCCAGCCCCAGCCCUGGCCCCAGUCCAGGCUUCAGACGUCCACAGCUGCUCCAAUGGCCAGAUCCUUCCCCUAACUGGUGCUGGGCUGGGCGUCGGCAGAUCUCUCAGAACCGACCCAGUGGUGUGCGCUCUGACAGUGCCAUUGUGCACCAGGAGAUCUUGGGACAGGAGCAGCUAUUCCAGGGUGCCUUCCUUGGCAGCGAGACACGGAAUGUGGAGUUUAAGCGAGGCAGCGGUGAGUACCUGAGCCUGGCUUUCAAGCACCAUGUACGGCGCUACGUAUGUGCCUUUCUCAACAGCGAGGGUGGCAGUCUGCUGGUAGGUGUCGAGGACAGUGGCCUGGUUCAGGGCAUUCACUGUAGCCACCGCGAUGAGGACCGUACACGCCUGCUGGUGGACUCCAUCCUGCAGGGCUUCAAACCCCAAGUCUUCCCUGAUGCGUACACCCUCACCUUCAUCCCCGUCAUAAGCACUUCCACGGCCAACAUGCCUCUCAAGGUACUCCGUCUGACUGUGCACACUCCCAAGGCUCAGGGUGAGCCACAACUAUAUGAGACAGAUCAAGGGGAGGUAUUUCUACGGCGUGAUGGAAGCAUCCAGGGCCCACUGUCUGUUGGCGCCAUCCAGGACUGGUGCAGGCAGAAGUGGACGAUGGAGCUGGGCAAGCUGGAGGAAAAGGUGAAGGUGCUGACGGUGGAAAAGGAGCAGCUUCAGGAGCAGCUGAGGCAGCAACGGUCCCUGUCCUGCAGCUGCUGUGUCCUGUGAGGAUGAGGAAGAUGUGGGCUAAGGCCUGGAAUAAAACAUGCAUGGGCCACCGCCUCUCCUUCA